AUGGUGACAGAAUACGUCAAUGAAAUCUUUGAUUACAUGAAGACCAUUGAACUGGAUUACAUCCCCAGUGGUGAUUAUAUCGACAAGCAUCCCGAACUAACGUGGCAGUCGCGGGGCAUUCUGGUGGACUGGUUGAUCGAUAUCCAUAGCAAAUUCCGUUUGGUCCCUGAGACCCUCUUCCUUGCGCAAAAUAUUGUCGAUCGUUUCCUUUCCCUACGGACAAUCAGUUUGACCAAAUUGCAAUUGGUCGGUCUCACUGCCAUGUUCAUUGCAGCAAAAUACGAAGAAGUCCUUUGCCCAAGCGUGCACAACUUCCUCUACCUCGCAGAAGGUGCAUACACGGAUGAAGAGAUUCUCAAAGCAGAACGAUACAUGUUACGAAUCAUCAAAUUCAACUUGAGCUAUGCAAGCCCAAUGAACUUUUUACGAAGAAUCAGCAAAGCAGACAAUUACGAUAUCCAAACCAGAACGGUUGCCAAAUUCUUCAUGGAGAUUUCACUUGUUGAUCAUAGACUGUUGGAACACCCUCCUUCGGUGAUUGCAGCAGCUGCAAUUUGGACAGCAAGAUUGGUAUUGGAACGUGGUGAAUGGUCACCCACACUUGUGCACUAUUCCAGUUAUUCGGUUGAAGAGUUGCUACCAACUGCCGAAUUGAUGGUGGAUUACUGCUGCAGA